UUUUUUCUACUGGGUUCUUCGUAAAUCGAUUGAUUUUGAGGAAAGCAGCCGUUUUCGGCAUAUGGGUUUGGGAAAUUCUAGGUUCUUGCGAGAGAGUAUUGCCUUUUCUUUCUUCAAUUUUAACUCAAAAGCAUAUUUUACCCAACUGGGUUUGGUUUUGGAUUCUGGGGCAAUAGCUGAAUUUCCAAGCACAGUAACCAAUUGUGGAGCGUAAGCUUGGGAGAUACUUGGUUUUGGUUGUGAAUGUUUGUUUUUAGGGCUUUUUUGUGAAAGGAAGAAGUGAUAUUGAUCUCUGGGUUUUGUUUAUUUUUGUGCUUGUGACAACAGCGGGUUUUGGUUUUUGAGGUCUAAGUCAUGGGGUGAAUUUCAAGAAAUAGUUGGUUGUCUUUGUUGGAAUCAGUGUUAAAUUUGGAGGAGAGAAAGAGAGAGAGAGGUUAGAGAGAAAAUGAAGAGAGGGAAAGAUGAGGAGAAAAUUAUGGGACCUAUGUUCCCAAGGCUUCAUGUUAAUGAUACAGAGAAAGGAGGGCCACGAGCACCUCCAAGGAACAAGAUGGCCCUGUAUGAACAGCUAAGUAUCCCUUCCCAGAGGUUCAACCCUGGGGUUUUGCCUGUUAACCCCAAUAAUAAUACCAAUUUGGUGGCUCCUGCAUCAUCAAGCCAGGGGAUGGGACAUGAAAGGAGUACACCUUUCCCACUUCAGCUAUCUCCUUCAGUGCAUCCAGUAGAGAAGCCACAGACCGGCUAUUGUAAUCUGAACACUCCCUCGAUACAACCUGAGCAGAAAAAGAAGCAAGAUGAAGAUGACUUUAGGGUUCCUAUAUUUGUUCACUCCAGAAUGGGUCAAGAUCAUACCGACCAUAGUAAUAGCAUGGGUAUGGAGAAACUCUCUCCCUUUAGUCCUGCUUACUUGGGUAGUUCAAUGAAACUCCAAAAUGCAAAUGAUAAAGAGCCAAAACUGAGUAGCAGUACAGGGCACAAAUUGAGACAAGAAGGCAGAAGUGAGAGUGGAGAAAACUCAAAUGAGUUUGUGGCUGGUAGGAAGCAUGCUGUUAAAUCUACCUCAAAUAUGUCAUCCAGGGAAAAUGCUGGAGGUUCUCUCAAGCAAACUAAUGCAUCUUCAAGUUAUGAGUGCCAUGAUUACCCUGCAAAUAAUUUCAGUAGAUUACAGGGGACUGAGGAUAGUUUAGGGCUAGAGUGCAGACAUGAUUCACAGCCUGAUAACUCUGUGGAAAAACCUCUUAUGGUCCUAGCUAAUGGGAAUUCUUCCAUCUCAAUGACUGUUUUUCCAUCGGAGAAGCGUAGAAGUCCUAAUGAGCCUCUUAAUGAUAUGGAAUCUUGUGAAGAGAGGACUUGUAGGUCAUUACAGGCCGGAAAUGUAGACAGAGAUGAUGUAUCUGAGACUUCUAUGGUGGAUUCUAUGUCAGGACUGGAAAUAUCCCCUGAUGAUGUGGUGGAAAUGAUAGGGCAGAAACACUUUUGGAAAGCCAGGAGAGCAAUUGCCAAGUAAGUUGGUUUAUACUUGUUAAUAGGUUCAUAGUGUGUUGGUGACAUCAAAUUUGAGAUUGCAUCUUGAUUAUAUCUUCCUUUCAAAACAUUCGUUUGACAUGGUUGAAAACUUGCAUCGUCACAUCCCACUUGUCAGUAGUGUUGGAGUAUUGAAAAUUUAACAAUCACAUUAAAGCUUAUGCUGCUUGCCAAAUAUUUAACCAGCAUUAGAAAAUAACAAACGAUCUGGUGUGAACAAACU